AUAUAGACGAACUGGUUUUGUCCCUUACUUAUUACCGUAGGCUGAAGACCAGUAUAAGGAUCUGAUUGGCCAGUGUUUUGCAGCCAAAACCCAAGAUAAAUCGUGCGGAGAACGUUGAGGCAAAGCAGUUACCGACAAGAUGAGCCUCAGAAAGCAGACCCCGAGUGAUUUCCUGAAGCAGAUCAUUGGCAGACCGGUGGUGGUCAAGCUGAAUUCUGGAGUGGAUUACAGAGGUGUGCUAGCUUGCCUGGACGGCUACAUGAACAUAGCUGUGGAGCAGACAGAGGAGUAUGUUAACGGCCAGCUGAAGAACAAAUACGGAGAUGCCUUCCUCAGGGGAAACAAUGUAUUGUACAUCAGCACUCAGAAGAGGAAGGUUUAAUGAAGAAUGUUCUGUUGUUUCUUUUGUAUGAAUCACCUGAGUUUCAGUGGAUAAUUGUUUUAAGGGGAAAGUGUUUUGUUUCCUAUGUCUCCAAGCAGAAGACCAUUUGGUUUUGUAAAAUCGAAAUUAUUCAUUAAAUUGUUUUUUGGUA